CGCAGCGACAGGGGCUCGGGCGCAGGCGACAUGUCUCUCUUCGCCGCCAACCCCUUCGAGCAGGACGUAGAAAAAGCUACAAAUGAAUACAAUACCACAGAAGAUUGGAGUCUAAUUAUGGACAUAUGUGACAAAGUUGGAAGCACUCCUAAUGGAGCAAAAGAUUGCCUAAAAGCCAUAAUGAAAAGGGUAAAUCAUAAGGUUCCUCAUGUUGCUCUCCAAGCAUUAACUCUUCUUGGGGCUUGUGUGGCUAACUGUGGAAAGAUAUUUCAUUUAGAAGUAUGUUCCCGUAAUUUUGCAACAGAAGUACGUACUGUGAUAAAAAAUAAGGCUCAUCCUAAAGUAUGUGAAAAAUUGAAAUCUUUAAUGGUGGAAUGGUCAGAAGAAUUUCAAAAGGACCCUCAGUUUAGUCUAAUAUCUGCAACUAUUAAAUCAAUGAAAGAAGAAGGAAUUACUUUUCCUUCAGCAAGUUCUCAGACUAUCUCUGCUACUGCCAAGAAUGGAACAUCACUGAACAGAAAUAAAGAAGACGAAGACAUAGCUAAAGCUAUCGAAUUAUCGUUGCAAGAGCAGAAACAGCAAUGCACAGAGACAAAAUCUUUAUAUCCAUCUGCAGAAAUUCAGUUAAACAAUAGAGUUGUACGAAAAGUGAGAGCUUUAUAUGAUUUUGAAGCCGUUGAGGACAAUGAACUCACCUUUAAACAUGGUGACAUUAUUAUUGUUUUGGAUGACAGCGAUGCCAAUUGGUGGAAAGGAGAAAAUCACAGAGGAAUAGGACUCUUCCCAUCUAAUUUUGUGACAGCUAAUUUAAACAUAGAGUCUGAAGCAGCAGCUGUGGACAAAUUGAAUGUAAUUGAUGAUGAUGUGGAGGAAAUUAAGAAAUCAGAACCUGAGCCUGUUUAUAUAGAUGAGGAUAAGAUGGAUAGAGCCCUGAGGGUGCUCCAGAAUAUAGAUCCAGCAGAUUCAAAACCAGAUUCUCAAGAACUCUUGGAUUUGGAAGAUAUCUGUCAACAGAUGGGUCCAAUGAUAGAUGAGAAACUUGAAGAGAUUGACAGGAAGCAUUCAGAGUUGUCUGAAUUGAAUGUAAAAGUCUUGGAAGCUCUGGAACUGUAUAACAAACUGGUGAAUGAAGCGCCAGUGUAUUCAGUCUACUCGAAACUCCAUCCUUCAGCACAUUACCCCUCUACAUCAGCUGGGGCUCCAUUGCAGACAUACCCAAUUCAAUCACAUGGUGGAAACUACAUGGGUCAAAGCCUUCACCAAGUAACUGCUGCCCAAAGCUAUAGUCUAGGACCAGAUCAUGCUAGUUCGCUGCAAUCUCUGCCUCCAAAUGUGAAUUCCUCAGUCACAGCGCAAACUGCUCAAACUCCAUAUUUAAGCACCCGACAAGACACUGUGUCCAAUCCUUACAUGAACCAGAACUCUAACCUUCCAUCAGCUACUGGUACAGCUGCCUACACGCAGCAGAUGGGGAUGUCCUUGGAUAUGUCAACUUACCAGAGCACUACUUGCAGUUUACCACAACUGGCAGGCUUUCCAGUGGCAGUUCCAGCUCACUCCGUUACAGAGCAACAAACAAAUUACCAUCAGCAGCCUCUCCUGUAGAGACAAAGCAUUUUCUUGAAGCCUUCAUAAGUAUGUCUGGAAAUAUUAAAACUUUUUUCCUUUCAACUCAAAAGGACCAUAAUAAAUAAAGCACAAAAUCUGUCUUACUCUAAAGGCCAUGAAAGGGUUAUUAUUAUUAUUAUUUUUUCAGUCUAGUGUGUUUGAAGUCAGUUUUUUGAUCAGAGGCAGCUUAAAGGUACUUCCAGUUGGUUUUGUUGUGCUUUCAAAUGUCUCUACAUAAAUCUGGACACCCAGUAAAUACCCUUAUGACACUAAAUAAUAUGGGAUAGAAGUGUAAACUUUUUACUUUAAAGAAACCAUUGUUUCCUUCUACUAUGUUAUGAAAAGAGCACUAGAGACCUUUAAAUAUUUUUUGUCUGCAUAUUUUUGUCAGGGUUUCCCACACACUAUUGUUUUCAAAGGCAAACAUCUUUUUGUGUGAGCAUUUAGCUUGCCAAAGUAUUUCCUUUUGGCUCCUUAAAUUGCAGUUGUGUUUGCAGUACUGUCAGUUUUUCUGUCAGUGUUAUGUUGAAUAACAAUUAGCAUGUAAUUGUCUACAGAAGCAAGAGCAAUUUGGAAGGAACAAAAAUGUUUUCUCUUAUUAAAAGUGAAAACCAUGUAAAUGCAGAUGUGUAGUAAAGCAUUUAGCCUGUCCCCUAAACAGUCACCAUAGAAGGCUCACAAAACAUUUCCAAUCCCAGGGGAAAUUAUUUCCUUUCUUGCAAACAUCCCUGGUAUUUGGAAUUAACACUAAUGACUUUCAAGUGACUUUGGCCAUUGUCUAAUGAAGAUAUGGUCCAUUGUUUUCCUUCCUGCAGUGUGGCAUGAAAAGCUGCUAUAUUUCUUUUUUAUGGAUGAUAAGGGAUGAUAAGAGACAUUCCUAAUAAUUUGAUGUGAUCUAAACCAAGCAUGGGUGAUAAGUGUGUUUUUAGUAAUGUGUGUGUUUUUAAAGAAAUGAUUCUCGUACCAUUGCUAAGCUGUCAUCUUAAGCUGUUGAAAAAUUUUUCAUUCCUUUCAGAAAUCUGAACCUUUGGGAUUCCACAUACUAUAGAAGUUGAUAAUAAAAAUCAAUAUGGAUUGUUUUGUAUUGAAAAUUUCAAAAUACAAAAUAGAAAAUGCAGAUAUGUAUGCCUAUAGAUAUGUGAUAUUUAGACUGGGAAAAAUACUGGACAUACGUUUAAUUUUUAAAAAAUUAAAACUUUUUGCAUGGAUACAAAAAUUUCUAUUUUUUUUAAGUAUUUGAUCUUUCUACAAAGAAUCCAUUUGAGAAUAAUUCUGCAAAUUUUGUCAUUUGUCUAUUUACAGAGAUUUUUAUUGCAUGUAUGUUCCUUUUUCAAAGAAACUUUAUCCUCAAACAAAAUUUGAAAGCUUAAUGUCUGUCGUUAUCUUGUUUCAGAUACAAAUUACUGAAAAGAAAAUUUAACCUUUAAUGACUUGUGGUCUGUUUAUCAUUCAGUAUUUUCCUUUCAGGUAAAUUCAGUUAUUAUAUACUUUAAAAACUUUUUUAAAUGGCACCUUACUUUAUUGGAAACAAAUCUGUUCUUAAAAAAAAAGAAAAAGAAAACAAAAAACAAAAUUCAAAGCUGCUCUUGAUAAUAAUAUUUGCAUUCAUAUGCAGAAUCUUACAUUUUCUUCUAAACUGUACUUAGUAAAUUUAUUUUAAUGUUUGUAUAAAUAAGUUUUGUUCAAUUGUCAUCUGAAUUGUAGUUCAGCAUAAAUAUCUACUAAAUUGGGAUCAGCCAAUUAAGUUCAAGUAACAUCAUUAAUCAUAAAACAUAACAUAUUUAAAUAUGGUAUAUUGGCAUUUAUCUGUGAAAUUUAAUCAUGCAGAAGUUUCCUCUUAAAAAAUUUUUAUUUUUGCCAUUUAUAAGGAAUUUGUCUUAGCAAUUAUUGUUAGUAUAAAAAUGAUACUGUUUCUGUUGAUCUUUUUUUAAAAUGUUAAGAAAUACAAGGUUGUUCUUUUUUUCCCAUAAUCUUAUGGAUUGUAUUUAUUUUAAGAUUUUUUAUAUUUACAUGUUUUCUGCCAAAGGCAGUGUCUAGUUUAAGAUCCCUAAGUUGGGUUCAUCCUGUUCUGUAUCAAAAAUUUAAAAAAAAAAAAACUUCUGCUUUUCCUCAGUACAUUAGAAAGAAUUCCUGAAAAUUUAUAAUAGAAAUAAUUUUAUAAUAUGGCAAAUUCACCUGGGUGUUAAAAUGUAUAAACUGAAAUAUGUUUGUAUUGUUUGAAAAAUGUACAGCCAGCCAAGAUUGUCUCUUAUUUUGGUAAUUUAUUUACACAUUAACCGAUUAUUAAUUGUAAUAUUUGUCAUUUAGUAUUUGAAUUUAUUUGCAGAUACAUUGUUAUCUUAUUCUGCUUCAAGUAGCUGGUAUUAAACUGUGUAACAUUUUACUGUAUGGUGAAGGUAGUUAUAAAAUUGUACCUUCUGAAUUUAAAAAAUUGUAAAUGUUUAAAAAUAUGUGGUUGAGGGCUAGGGAUUUAGUUCAGU